AUGCAAUACAGACCAAAGGGUAGUGCUUCCACUAACCCCAUUCCUGCAGAGCAGCGUUACGCGCCGACUUGUUUUUCCAGAAGAGAUUUUGUGACAUCUUCAGACAUGGAAGGCAACAGAGGCAACAUUUCAAAAGGCAAUAUCUUGGAGUCAGAUAUGUCUGUCCUCAUAACUGUACUCUUUGAGACUUUUCUCGGGAUCUCACUAAAUGCUUUCAUUAUAGCUGUGAACUGCAUUGAUUGGGUCAGCAGGAUUUGCUUAUUGUUUGCAGAACAUGUAGAGCUUGUUACUUCAACAUUUAAUCCUUCGUUUUAUAACAGCAAGUCCAGAUACUUCAUGUUUGCAGGUCUGGCUUGGUUCCUGAGCACAUCCAACCUGUUCUUCGCUGCCUGCUUGUCUGUUUAUUACUGUGUGAAGAUUGCAAACUUCAGCUGCCGUCUCUUCAUCACGCUGAAACAAAAAAUCUCCCAGCUCAUGCCAUGGUUGCUGCUGGUCUCAGUGAUGAUUUCCUUACUCAGCAGCCUCCCUACCUUCGUGGCCAUUUAUAAUGUCUCAGAUAAUAGCUGCAACUCCAGCUGCUCACAAAACCACACAGGAGACAAUGUCACACAACACAGAAUUCUUUUGCACAUGAUUAUUGUCUUUUCCUUUGGCUUUUCUAUAGGUUUCACCAUAUUAUGCAUCUCAGCUGUUCUCUUACUCUUUUCACUCUGGAGACACAUCCGACACAUGCAAGGGAGCUCAGCUGGUGUCGGGAAGCCUAGCAUGGAGGCACAUGUGAAAGCAGUGAAAAUGGUACUGUGGUUCUUAUUCAUCAAUCUUAUUCACUUCCUAUCUUGGUUAAGCUGCAUUACACUUAUAUUUACAACAAAUAUUUUUGUGCAACAUUUUCUUAUUCAGGUUACAAUUUUUUGUCCAUCGAUCCAUGCUCUUAUACUGAUUCUCAGCAUUCCCAAAUUGAAACAGGCACUGGCCAGGAUCCUGCGCUAUGUAAAAUGCAAGGGCUGUGCAAAAGAGGGAAUACCUUAA